UCACCUGUGGAAUUAAUUAUCGGCGCAAAGAUAGAGGAAGGCCCUCGAAGCUCUUCCUCAUUUCCUGAUAAACAAGCCGAGCCGCGGCGUCUCUUAUCACAUUCGUGCGGGGCUCUAACCAGGUAAGGACGCCUCUCCCUCCUCCGCCUCUUGCUCUGCUCUCGAGUCAUAAAACGCUUUCAUUUUUCAGGAAGCUAUCAUCCCUCCAGCAGAAUGCCGAGCCAGCUCGAGGGCGCGAUGGACGCGCUGAUAACGGUUUUCUACAACUACUCUGGGAAUGAUGGGGACAAAUAUAAACUGAACAAGGGCGAGUUGAAGCAGCUGCUGAACAGCGAGCUGACGGACUUCCUCACGUCCCAGAAGGAUCCGAUGCUGGUGGAGAAAAUCAUGAACGACCUAGACUCUAACAAAGACAACGAGGUGGACUUCAACGAGUUCGUCGUGCUGGUGGCCGCCCUCACGGUCGCCUGCAACGACUUCUUCCAAGAGCAGAAGAAGAAGAACAAGUAGAACACACACCAACUGCAGAGCAAACACUUUAAAACUGCUCAAACAUCACGUUAAAAGCGGUGCAGUGAACGCCCCAUCGGUUGAAUCAUUGGUGUUAGUGUUUCCUGCUGUAUGUAGGAUUGUGAAUGCUGUGUUAAUGAAGGUAGAUGCUCUGUCUCAUACGCCAAAACAACACAUUUUCAGCCUGGAGCUGUUGAACAACAGCUCACGUUGAGCAUCUCUGAUCCAAAUUCUGCUCAUUUGUAUAAGAGAGGGAUGUUAAUAACUAGAAAACACCUUACCUAAAUCAUUUUUUGGUUGUUAUUGUGCUUUUAUUUUAUUAUGUUUGGAGCUCCGUCACAGCCUGACGGUGCAUUUACAGGAAACGUGUCUGUCCCUCGUCAAUCCCUCUGAGUCGAUGUUCCCCGAGGAGGAAGUCUUCCUCAACCGUGUUGGUGCAAAGCUGGCGUCCUGGAAAAGAUGCACGGUGGAUGAGCCAGCUGUGACAUGUGAGCUUCACUGUACGCUGUAACACAGAACGCUUUUAAAUGUGUGUUGCAUGUCAAGUUAAAUGCUUAGAAACAUGUUCAAGUCUGAUG